CAGUCCAUUUUCGGAAACGAAUCUACGUGCGACCUGACCAGCAUCUCAACCACCACGAGGAGGCUGGUUCUACCAAUGAGACAUAGACGAACGUCGGAGGCCGGCAGAACACGAGUGAAAUGGACAUACAAGUUAUCCUGCACCGGAUCGCUUGACGGAGGCGCACAGUGGUGUGACUGCAUGUCUGAACAUACGCCAUUUUGCUAAAGGCCGGACUUAUUGUGGGCUCAACGGCUAUGUGGUGGUUUCGAAUUCUUGUUUAGAGUAGUAGCCCGCUCACGUGGAGCGCAUGAACCACUGAACCACCCAUGUUGCGUGUUCAGUACCAACUACCAAUGUCAGGGCAGAGUAUCCGGGAAGCCCUCUCGGCUAGAACAGUGACACAUUUAUCCAGGCAUUUCUUGGUGAUAGAAGAAUCAGGGAAUGCCGUAGAAGUGCGGUGGAUUCCCGAUGUGUAUGGUCGUGAAGAAGUCCGAGGGUUUGUGCGUGAUUUCUACUUGAAAAACGCCCACACUCAACCCACCUUACCCGAUUCUACUUAUGUCGCAUGGUUACCGGCGCCCCGCGGUACGAGUUACAUCGCUGGGGUGGUCAGUGACGAUUUGCAGAACAGCUCAAGUUCAGCCUGGUGGCGUCGUAAGCGUUCUUGUCUAUAUUGCCGAUGGGUGUAGGUGGUGCUUCAACAAGCACCAUUGACCAGGAG